AUGGCGCCGUGCAAGAGAAACAAUCCGGUCGGCUCAGCCAUCUCUAGAUCGCCGAAGAGCAAGCGACAGAGACAACACCGGGUGCCGCCGGCUGAGACUUACCCCAUACCUGAUCGCUUACAGGACGUCGUUGAGAGAGUGGAAAGAAAAAGGAGCCUCUUUGAGCUCAAGCUCCCCAUCAACGAUCUGAACGGAGUGCAGCGCCUUGCCUGGGGUCUCGAUUGUCGUGCCGACUUGGUGAUUGUGAACCUCGAGUUCCUCCAGGGCGAAGACAGAUCAUCGGGACACGCCCGUUUUUGCGUCCACUCCUCAACUGAUCGAGAGAAAAGAACACACUUGUACAGCUCAACCAAGAACGAAGCCAGCAGGUGCAUUGAGAACCCUUGCUCGCCUCGUUCGACGAUACUUACGUGCGUGCUGUCUCGCGAGCUCUUCGGCCUCCUGGGACUGAGAGGCUGCCGGGACCUGGAAAUCGUUUACGAUCGAGCCUUCGAACUCAUAAAAUCGGACCCCACAAAGCGAUGCCUGAUCUGCGGGAAGCGAUAUGAGGUGAAGGUAUACACACCGACCGCGUGCUUGGGCGAAUGCAUGGACACACUCGAACAAUGGCCACUGAGAGCUCGGCUCUCCCACCUGCUUUCCGAUACCAAGGUCUUCGACCUUAUGCUUUGUUGCAUCUACACCGCUGUCAAAGGCCAGGAAGUGUGCCCCGAUCAGUACGAAACCAAAUCGUCCCUGUUGGUCGACUGCCCGCUUGAACUAGCCGCGAUCCAGCCCGUCAUCGACUCUUUCACAGAAAUCUCUGACGAGCUUGGACUGCACCGAUUGGUGAAUUCUGGGGAUACCCGCGUUGCAUCUUCUCAGAAGAGACGACUUCUCUCCUGGCUUGCUCUACGGCUCAGGGGUUGCAUCGUGUCUUUGCCGCACAAUGUCGACUUCUUCAUGCAGGGUAAGGGUCUUGAGGGCAGCCAUCAAUUCAUGCUCUUGAAUUCGAGACUGGAGCGGCAGCAAGCUUUCAUGGAGCAAGCCAUCAAGGUCGAUGGGGGAUCCGUUGCCUUCCGCGGCGCUAGGGCCCCCAGAGCCUUCAACAUCAUCACCGACGCAUUGCGCAACAUGAUCUCAGAGCCCUAUGCCGUAGACGCGGCGGGCGUUUUCUACUCUGACAGCCCUGGAUACAGCUACUGUGUACACACACCAAGGGACAUCUCACUAAAAGCUUGGAAGCGGAGCCAGUUCUUCGGCCAGGCCGGCCAAGGCUGGGCUGUCUUGUUCGGGCUCGAGGUCGCCCUAUCCGAGAUUCGAUUCGAAGACAAUGAGCACUCGACUCACAGAGUCGACUCUGAUGAUUCGUCAUAUAUUUCUGUUACCAUCAUAUGA